AUGUCUAUUAUAAACCGUGCCAGGGGAAAUGUGAAAUGCUUGUCGUUACGCGGGGCUAGGGCUGAUUUGAAUUUGUGGGAUAUUCGUGAAGAACAAAUAUCUAAUACAAAAACGAAGAUAUCAGUGUUACCAGAGGAGCUCACCCACAAUGUACUGGUGCCAGUUGGAAAGCUUGCGUUCAUGAAAGGCAGACUCGAACACACCAAUGAACUGAUGGUCCUACUUGGAAUGAACACUUUGGUGAAAAUGUCUGCCAAAGAAGCUGCCGCUGUCCUCGAAAGGCGGCUUGAGUAUACGGCAUCGAAGAGGUCCAAAAUCGAUCAGACAGUACAGAAUCUGAGUGCUCGUCUGGAAAUGAGUUAUGCCGAAUUCGAUCCUGAUAGGGGUAUGGACGAGGAUGGCAAUCCAAUUUUCGAAAUCAACGAGCCGUAUUUGUCCGAGGAUGAAAUGGAAGCAGCAGGUGCUGCUGUAAAAGAAAAUCCCGUGACAGAGAUCGUAGAGAGUGACAGCAGCGAAGAAGUUAAGGAUUCUGAGUUUGCCGAUGAGGUAAACAUGGAGAUGGAAGAAUACUGGGCAGCUAUUGAAAGAUUACAGGAGCUAGAAGACCUCAACAAUGAGUUGGCGUUGUCGGAUGAAGACGAGUAUGAGAAUACGGACACACUCGAAAUAUCUGAAGCAGGAAAAGUUGGCGAAGGUGGAGAAGGCCUUGAUCGCUUACUGCAGGAUUCUAUAAAUGAUCUGGAGAUUGAGGAUCGAACGGCAAAGUUGGCUCAGAAAGAACAGGUAGCGCCCGCACGGAACAUACAGGUACCGAACCUGGCAGAGCCAACCACUGUGAAGAAAUCGGAUCUACAAGCACAAGGCAAACCGACCGGAACAGCUGCGGCAUUCAAUGGUGACGUGCUGGAGAGAGAACCCGUUCCAAAUUCAUACGGAGCUUGUGUGCAAUCGGAAGCAUCCGCGAAGAAAAUAUCCAAAUUCAAAGCAAUGCGUAUGGGGAAGCAAACAUAAAAUACAACGUUAGAUAGCAAUAUAAAUAUCUAUAAUUACUCUCGCCUUUUUAUUGUCUACAGACUAUGCGAGCCAAGUCACUACAGAGGAUAUAAUCCGCCAAUUCUGAACUCACAUCAGCAUCAGUCCGACAGAUAUGCGUUGAGCCACUGCUACUCUUCAUUCAUCGAUUCUAAGUUGCAAGAACACGAGUCUGAUACGAAUUGGACGUCAAAAACAGGGCACGUCGCGAGUUUUCAAGCACCCUUAAGGCCCGAUAUCAUUGAUCCUAGCCGCAUAUCUAUCACCUGUACGCCUGGUGGAAAUCCACUCACCGAACAGUACAGUCAGCAUGACAGCAGGAACUGGUCAAGGGGCGUUUACAAACCCACAGGCUUUGAUAUGCUGCAUAGGUGUCGCAACAUACACACGACGAGAGCUAAUAUAUGAAGAAUGUCAAUUAAGACAGCAAAAAAAAUCUUUCGGAUAUUACUGCCUGCAAAUUCAUGUUUGUGAUGAAUUUGAAAAGCGCCGCUUGUUUGCUUCAGUCGCCUCAUUUCAAUAAAUUGCCAGCACCUCGAUGAACUCCUAUGCCGAUUCUGUCACGAAUAGUUCAUCACACGGCACAGAUUAGCAAAUGCUUAGGCAGCACCUUGACUGUGACAUCAAAUGGUUCGAACACCUCCCCAUCCACCAACAUAGGAACCGUUAGUACCUCUUUGCUCACCGUCCUCGUAGUUGGGAUCUUGGCUUCUACAGAUGGGGGUUCUGUUUCUGUCGCCUCCGCGUCACCGCUCUCAGACUUAGUGGCUUCCUUAUCCUCUGCAACCUCUAUUGGCUCUUCGUGUGUUACUGUCAUGGAAUCAAGCGGUUUGAUAUAUAUCUCACUCAGUCCCGUGAUCUCACGCGUAUCCUCUGCCAAACCGCCGUUUUCAAUGAAGGAUGCGACCAUCGUCGUGUCUUCAUCCUUCUUAGCCCCAACCAUUGCAUUCCAUAAGUGGUACAGAGCACUCAAGCUGGAAGGAGCGGUCCAAGAUACCUUCAAUUGUCCGUCAGUCACCGAAAGCUCUGAGUCUUUGGCCACCCGCAUACCGUAUAUUGAUGGCGUAGAGGACACAAACAACUGGCCGAAGUUGAUUUCUUCUGUAACUUCCGCGGUUGCUGCUGUGGGGGUGUAUUUGACUACUGCUGAAUACUUCGGCAUUUGAUUGCCGGCAAGGAUGGCCUCUUUCAGCUGGCGCCACUUUGCCAUUCGAAUGGACAAGCCAGAAUCUUGAUUGAACGUAUCAGAUAUCAAAGCAGCGGGCGCCCCAUACACCAAUCCCGAUAGACAGUGCACACUACGACCCGUACCAGAAGUCACCGAGACCAAAUCCACCCACUUUGUUUUGCCUCGCAAGACAGCCAUAGUGGCUUCACAUCGUUCACGCACUUCAGCAAGCCUCUCCCCUCCGUUGGGGUAUAGUAGUGCACUGACAAACGCAUUGUGUUGCCCUGUGGCCACAAAAGCCACUGGAACACUAGUGCGCAAGGUAUCGACGUCCUGUCGUCUCAUAAAUCCUGUGACGAACUCUUGGUGUGUGCCAUCAUCACCAACCACCACUAUGGCUUUACUGUUAGAAAAGUCGACAUCUUGCGAGAUAUCUUUUGUCAUGCCCCUCUCCUUCGAUUCGAUGAGCAGGAUUUCAUUGCCUGCUAACAGCAAUAAGGGCUCCACAUCUUUCUUGUAUAUUUCGCGCCCGUUUUGGUUACCCGAGCGGAUGUCAACUAAAACAACGACCCUCUCGGGUUUCUCGAAGAAAGGUACGGGUGUAUCUCCAUACUUAAGUGCUUCUUCGCCUAAUCGUGCCCUCAGUUGCCACAUUCUAUAUCGAUUAAACCCGUAGUUUGCUCCGAAAGCGCCUAUACUGGCUACUAUCAUCUUCCCCCAAUUAUUUUUUAUGCCAUUUUUUAUCAUAGUAGCCAUUCUGCCGAAGUAUCUAUACAGGAGAACGACGUCAACAAGGUUUCAACUCUAUAUCUGCUACAAUCUAUUAGGCGG